AUCGCGACCUGCGACCAGCAGCACCCGCCGAUGGCUGCGGCGCGCCGGUGCCCGCCGGUGCCGGUGCUGCUGGCGUUGGCCGGGCUGGCGGCGGCGGGGGAGGCGUCGGGCAGCGGCGGCGACGGCGCCGUGGGGGCUUUGCUGGGGGUCCUGCUGUGCCUGGCCGUGGGUUUGGCGGUGGCCUGGCACCACCUGUGCCGGCUCUCGGCCGGCCGCUACCACCCCCGGGCCAUGGGCCGCCGGGCGCUGGCGCUGCUGCGGGGCCGGUGGCAGCGGCUGCGGGGACGGGGCGGCCCCGACGUGCCGGCGGCGCACGGGGAGGUGACGGCGGCGGCUCCCCGGGAUGAGGAGGAAGAGCUGAUGCCCUGGAGCCAGGACCGGCGGCCGGAGGAGCGGGAGGAGGAGCAGGAGGAGGAGGCUGAAACGGCCCCGGAGACCCCCCCGUGCGAGGGGCCGGGGGCGGGGGGCAGCGCCGAGGCCCUUCUGAGCGAGCUGCACGCCUUCUCGGGGACGGCGGCGUGGGGGGACCCGCGGCCACACGUCACCGCCCUCUGACGUCACAUCGCAAUGGCGUGACCGCAUCGUGACGUCACGCACCCGGUUCAGACCCACCGCUGCCCCCCCUUCCCCAAAACCACCCUCCCGCCCCCUUUCCCCCCGGGCUCGAGGCACCGACCCCGGGCUCCUGAGCACCCCAAUAAAGGAGCGAUGCCGA